CUCCACUCUCUCCAGAUUCUUUGUAUUAUCGGCGGUCAACGAAUCAAUCAAAAUAAAACGCUCCUAUAUCCCUUAAAACGGCAACAUUUUAAUCUCACCAAGAAAAGAGAGAGUUACAGAACCGUCGAUUACUACCGGAAGUGGUGGUGGUGGAAGAUUCGCUAUCUCGACGGUGGAUGGGCAGGAUGGGAAAGACAUACACAGUGAAUCCAAUUGAUUACAAGUUACUAGAAGAAGUAGGAUAUGGAGCGAGUGCCGUUGUUUAUAGAGCGAUCUAUAUUCCGUUCAAUGAAGUCGUCGCUAUCAAGUGUUUGGAUCUCGAUCGUUGCAACAUUAAUCUGGAUGACAUAAGGAGGGAAGCUCAAACCAUGAGUUUGAUAGAUCAUCCAAAUCUUAUUAGAGCAUAUUGUUCGUUUGUUGUUGACCAUAAUCUAUGGGUGGUCAUGCCAUUCAUGGCUGAGGGUUCUUGUUUGCACCUCAUGAAGAUAGCAUAUUCUGAUGGAUUUGAGGAGCCUGCUAUCGGUUCUAUUCUAAAAGAAACCCUCAAGGCUUUGGAGUACCUGCAUCGACAAGGGCAUAUUCAUCGGGAUGUUAAGGCUGGAAACAUACUACUGGAUACAAAUGGAGAUGUAAAGCUUGCUGAUUUUGGUGUUUCAGCUUGCAUGUUUGAUGCAGGUGAUCGACAACGUUCUAGAAAUACUUUUGUGGGGACUCCAUGCUGGAUGGCGCCUGAGGUUUUGCAGCCAGGAAGUGGAUAUAAUUCCAAGGCUGAUAUUUGGUCAUUUGGUAUAACGGCACUUGAGUUGGCGCAUGGCCAUGCACCUUUCUCAAAAUAUCCUCCAAUGAAGGUUCUUCUCAUGACCAUACAGAAUGCUCCUCCUGGUCUUGAUUAUGAUCGUGAUAAAAAGUUCUCUAAGUCUUUUAAAGAAAUGGUUGCAAUGUGCCUUGUGAAAGAUCAAACAAAGAGGCCAACUGCUGAGAAGUUAUUGAAACACUCCUUUUUCAAGCAUGUGAAGCCUCCAGAACUUUCUGUGAAGAAGUUGUUUGCGGACUUGCCCCCACUUUGGAAUCGUGUGAAAGCUAUUCAGCUUAAAGAUGCUGCACAGCUGGCUCUAAAGAAAAUGCCUUCAGCUGAACAAGAGGCAUUGUCACAGAGCGAGUACCAACGAGGAGUUAGUGCCUGGAAUUUUGACCUUGAUGAUUUGAAAGCCCAAGCAUCUCUAGUGCGAGAUGAUGAUGAUGAUAUACUAGAGACGAGGGAAGAAGAUGAAAGUGUGAAAUUUGGUGGUGAUAAGGUCACUACUGGUUCCCAAUCUAGUUCAUUGAAUGUAAAUUCGAAGAGUGAAAUGCAGCAGGUUGAGUACAGCAGACAAUUAAGUGGUGGUAAAUUGCCUUGGGCGGAUAACUUAAACAGAAAGGGCAGGUUACCAGAAAGUGACUUGCUGGAAACCAGUAGCCAGGAAAAAGUUGGGUGGAAGAGAAAUGGAUCAAGCACCGAAGCAAAGGCGUCAACCUCAGAAAAUGAUGUGAUGCAAGCCAAGGCCAAAACAGUGAAAAGUCGCCAAACCCUUAGCGGGCCACUCAUGCCUGGUACGGUACUUUCUCAUUCAUUGUCAGAAAGGGGGCGCACUUCUGAAAGGUUUGAGAAUGAAAGACAGCCAACAGCUGAAAGAGCCACCCGUGAAAUUCGAAAAGCUCCAAGCUUUAGCGGUCCUCUAAUUCUUCCAAAUCGAGCUUCAGCAAACAGUUUUUCAGCUCCCAUAAAAUCUUCAGGAGGAUUUAGAGAUUCUUUGGAUGAAAAGCCGAAGACAAAUCUAGUCCAAAUAAAGGGGAGGUUCUCAGUUACAUCAGAAAAUUUAGAUCUUGUAAAGGAUAUUCCAUUAAGUACAGUUCCACGCCGGUCUUCCCAAUCUCCACUGAAAAAGUCUGCUAGUGUUGGUGAAUGGAUGUUUGAACCCAAACAAAUGCCUGUGAAUAAUCAGCCUCCAAAAGAGGUUAACAACAAUAGUGUACCUGCAUUACUCUUGCCUCAUCUUCAGAAUCUUUUUCAGCAGACCUCAAUUCAACAGGAUAUUAUUAUGAAUUUAUUGAAUAGCUUGCAGCCAGCCGAGGCGGUAGAAGCUGCUCAAAAUGGAAAGUUGCCACCACUGCCUCGUGGUUCGGAGAAUAAUGGAAUUGUUGAAUCAGCAUCCUCUGAGAGGGAGAGGUCAUUAUUGAUAAAGAUCACCGAGCUUCAAAAUAGGAUGAUGAAUUUAACCAAUGAACUAAAUUCUGAAAAGCUAAAAUAUGAGCAAUUGCAACAGCAGCUGAAAACCAUAACUGGUGGGGAAGAGAACGGUGGAAGGAGUGAUGUUGACUCCUGAAAGCUUAAUUCUUAUCACCGUAAAGUGAAACCUUGUAAAUUCAGGCAAGAGCUGUACAUCAUGCAGAUAAGUGCUUGCGAUUCUUUUUAUGGGCCGGAUUGGAACCAUCUUCGAGUAUGGCUACGGAGGAAGGUUGCAGAGGACAAGUACGGUUUGCAUGUAUCUUCUGCAAAUCCGUUACAAACAGUUCUUUGAAGAUCAUACCAUAUCAAGUUCAAGCGGAAACAAUCUUUUCUUGUGCCAGGCGAAGUGUAUCUGCAAGUUGACAGAAAUUUCCUUUUUAACCGUUUGUUUAAAUCAGUUGCCAUGAGAGAGUAGAAAGAUUCGAGUGUUUGUUUAUAUAUACGUCGUGAUACUUAAUCAGGUUAUUCAAAUGUAUUAUUUUCUUCAUACAUAUUCGAUCUUGUACAUGUUGGUAGAACUUUCACCUGUACUGCUACUACUUGUACGCACUUGGGGAUUUCACAACUAUUAGAGAAUGGUAAUAAAUGAAUGGAGAGCCAUAAAUUUCCCCUUC